AUGCUUGUGAAGGCGAAAUACGUUAGUUUGUUUAUUGAUUUAGGUCUUUGUCGGGACUAUUCAUGGGGUGCUGUGACAUUGGUUGUCCUUUAUGACAAUUUGGGAGAUGGAGCUAUCCACGACACUCGAUAUUUGGGAGGUUACAUGAUCUUAUUACAAUGCUGGAUUUACGAGCAUUUCCCUAGCAUCUAUAAGCGGGGCGAUAAAGGAGUGGUUCCUGCACAUCUUCCAAAAGCAUGUAGGUGGAUUGCAAAACAUGUUGUUGAAUGUGGAUUGAUGACAUAUCGUCGGAGACUUGAUGCUUUGUUGCUCAAGGAUGUAGUGUUUACACCAUAUGAUGAUGAUCGAGCUAAUCAUCGGUUUUUUGGUCGUAUUCAGUACAUUACGUGUGAUGUUCCUCGGGUGCCGAACAAUAUAGAUUGGGAGUGGCAGACUACUAUGAGAUCAUUUGUAGCGGUCUUUCAGAGCCUAUAUAUUGUAGCAGCUUUUCCUAGAGAGGUCACUACAGACUGUUAUGCAUGGUACUUAAACAUUUCACAUCCUCUGAUCCUCCAUCCACCUAUUGUUGAUGCACCUUCGAGUCCAUCUACUGCUGCUGCACAUGGUCCAUCAUCUUCUGUACAUGUUGGUCUAUCAUCGGCACGAGACCGUAGAGUAGCUGAGCUUGUACGUAGGGCCAUAGAGUUGGUAGUUCCAUUUAGUGAAGUUCAUGACAUAUUAAGUGAGUUAGGUCGCAUGUUCCCGGACGACGAUUAG